UUGGCUUUUUUCUUAGCAUCUCAAGUAUCGCCAGUGCAUGUGAGAUUAUUAAAACAAGGAAGUUGCCCUCGAAUCUCUGGCGGAACGUGCCUUCGUAAGUGUAGCUCAGAUGCUGACUGUGUUGAUGUUCUAAAAUGUUGCAGUAAUGGAUGUGGCCUGGAAUGCGUUCCACCUACGAACAUUCCAUCUCCACUUUUCAUCGGUCCUGUUCAAUCACAGCAUACUUUGACGAGGAUCGGACAUUGUCCAUCAUAUGAGAUUUCCGAUAAAUGUAAUAAUAAAAUUUGUACAAAUGACAACGAUUGUGAAAAGUUCGAAAAGUGCUGCGAGUCAAAUUGCGGUCAAACAUGUCGCCAACCAGACCAAACAACAAAUUGUAUUCAUCUUUAUUUUGCAAUUAAAAGAUUACUGGUCAAUAAUUUGGAAUUUUAUUUACCUGAAUGUGAUACUGAUGGCAAUUUCAAAAAAAUCCAAUGCGACCGUGAUUUUUGUUGGUGUGUUGAACAAAAUAUAGGAAAUGAAAUAUUGGGGACAAAAAAACUUCGCGGAUUCGGUCCUCCUGAUUGCAGCGGAAUAACGCACUGUCCUGUUAUCCAGUGUAAUAAUUUUUGUCCAUUUGGUGUGAUGACGGAUUAUAAUGGUUGUCCACUUACAAAAUGUGAAUGCAAAAAUCUCUGCGCUGGUAUAAGGUGUCGCAAUAAUUUUGAUAUAUGUCAACUAAUUGAAUCAAACUGCAUAAAUCCACCAUGUAUUCCUAUUCCUAGCUGCCUAUUAAAUCCUUGUCCUAAUGGUAUGCCAUCCACUCUUGCAAACGGCGCGACAGCUUUAUGUUUGAAUUCACAGCAAUGCUCCUCAAAUUAUUGGUGCCAUCAAAUUGGAUAUAAUGGCUUUGGAUUUUGCUGUCCAUUACCAAAAGCCAGAUUGAACAACGGCAAAUGCAAGAAGCAAUUAAUAACAGCGUUGCAAAACUGUGAAUCAACUUGCAAAAUUGAUGAAGAUUGUGCAUCAAAAAAUAAAUGUUGCUUUGAUGGUUGUGGCUUGAAAUGUACGGCGGUUCAUUAUCAGCAAAACGACUCAGUAGCUGAUAAAAGUGCAACUGCUAUAUCAGUUGAAAAUAAUUCGAAAAGUAAAAGUCGUAUUAGCAUUCUUUUAGCAGCUGCUCACAAUGCUAUUGGUUGCAUUGGUUCCACUGGCUAUAAGACUAAGAUGCUACCAAGCCUCUCUGUCCUAUCUAUCUGA